GCCUCAGUGGGCGGGUCCGCAGAAUGCUUUACAUUAGGGAACUGUGUUUAGCACACAUCAGGUAAAAACAAGUUGCAAAUGAACUGUCACUUUGUAAAUCUCUGUAACGCUUGAGCGAGAACUACUACAACGAGUUUGUAAAUACUGUUCUCAGGGAAUCAUUGAAGAUGUGGGGACAUAAAGGCCUUUUAUGCUGCUGUCUGACACUGUGUCUAUGGGUUUAUUUGGAUGCAGUGCCGGUUGCUGUGGAUAAGACAAAAGUGAGCCCUCCACCAGAGGAACUAGAGUCACCUAAAAGUGUAGACACUGGACUACACUAUGACCGUUAUCUCAGAGAAGUUAUUGAUUUCCUGGAAACGGACCAACAUUUCAAAGAGAAACUUCAUAACACAGACAUGGAAGACAUCAAGCUAGGGAAGCUGGCUAAAGAGUUGGACUUUGUCAGCCAUCACGUGCGAACUAAACUGGAUGAGCUAAAGAGACAGGAGGUGAACCGACUGCGCACCUUAAUCAAAGCCAAACAAGACGUGAAUGGAGAUAAAGGUAUGACAGUGGACCACCAAGCUCUUCUGAAACAGUUUGAGCACCUCAAUAACCAGAAUCCACAUACGUUUGAAGUGGAAGAUUUGGAUCGCCUCAUUAAAUCGGCCACUAAUGACUUGGAGAACUUUGACAAGGAGCAACACGAAGAGUUUAAGAAAUAUGAGAUGAUGAAGGAGCAUGAGAGGAGGGAACGACUUAAGAUGCUGGAUGAAGAAGCACGUAAGAAAGAAGAGGAACAUUACGAAGAGAUGAAGCAGAAACAUGCAGACCAUGCCAAAAUCAAUCACCCUGGCAGUCAAGACCAGUUAAAAGAGGUCUGGGAGGAGACUGAUGGUUUAGACCCCAGCGAAUUUGACCCAAAGACGUUUUUUAAUCUUCAUGACACCAAUGGAGAUGGUUACUUUGAUGAGCAAGAGCUUGAGGCACUGUUUACGAAAGAGCUAGAGAAGAUCUAUGAUCCCACACGUGAAGAGGAUGAUAUGCUGGAAAUGGAGGAGGAGAGACUUCGAAUGAGAGAACAUGUGAUGAAUGAGGUUGACACCAAUAGAGACAGGCUUGUUUCAUUAGAAGAAUUUAUGAUUGCCACAAAUAAGAAAGAAUUUCUGGAGCCAGAUGGAUGGGAGACUCUGGAGCAAAAUCCAGUUUACACUGAAGACGAGUUAAGAGAGUUUGAGGAGCAUCUGGCUCGUGAGGAGCAAGAACUCAACCAAAAGACACAUGAUCUACACAGACAGCGAGAGGAACUGGAGAGACAGCAGGACCAGCUUAACUCUCAGAAAAUGGAGCUACAGCAGGCAGUAGAGCACAUGGAGAGGAUAAAAGCACAGAAAACAGAGCCUCCAGUCGAGGCCAAAUUACCAUCAGCUGUGGAGAUAUUACCUGUGGACAGUCAACCCAUACCACAAGGUCAUCAGCAAGACCUGCCUGCACAUUCUUAACCCUUUGAGCUCUUCUCAAUGUUUCGUGUGUGUGUGUGUGUGUGUGUGUGUGUGUGUGUGUGUGUGUGUGUGUGUGUGUGUGUGUGUGUGUGUGUGUGUUUUGUACAUAGUGUCACUUAUUUCCCUCUUCAUAUUCAAAAAGUUACUGUCUCUUAGCAAAAAGCUUAACAUUACUUGAAAUUAUCAAACAGAAUGUAUUAUUUGUAUUACCAAAUACAAAAGAUUAUUGACCUUAAGUUAUGAUAUGCCUAAUAGAUUGCUAAAGAUACUUCCUUGUGGACAGUCACCCUCAAGGGCAGAUGGUUUUGUUUAAUGUUGGUUUUAUUUCUUUUAUCUGUUUUGCACACAUGUGACGUAUUAUAUACCAACACUGGAAUUAUAAGUAUUUACUUUUUAUGAUUAGACAUUAUACCAGUGUACCUGAACAAGCAGCACAAUUAAUACAAAAAUAAUUGAAUGUCCAUCACUGAAUAACAGCAUAGUCCGUUUUACUAAUGCAAUUGCUCUGAUGUUCAGUCAAUUUAAUGGUUUAAGCUACAUAAAUCUACUACACAUUU